AGGUUGUUUAUUACAUGAACUAGCCCAAAAAAGACAAGUGACCCCACUGCAGCUCGGUGGCGGCAUGGCAUGAUGGAGUACGUCAGAACUCUGUCUGUCAGCCUGUCCGUCCGUCAUGAGCUGUCUGUCUGCAUGUGGCCACCAUGCAGGCAGGAAAGCAUGAUCAUGCGAUCCUGUACCUGGUCGCUCUCCAUUUGAACUUGAAGCGUGCCGGCAUGACUUCCUUCGUGAUGGCACGCUAGAUGCAUUGCAUGUGACCUAGGGGCUCCAUAAGACACCACAAAAUAUAAUCUAAAAAUAUGGACAAGUGGGACAGUAAAUCAGGAGGAAAGGGGAGAGCAAAAGAUAUCAUGGAAGGAAGGUGCAGAUGCAGCUCAGGGGAGCGGCUGCGGCGGCGGACUUGGUGCUCAUCAUCUCACUGAGAAGGCAAGAUGAAAAUGUGGCGGGUGCAUCUGGCCAUCUUACAGCAGCCUGAGGAUGUUCGUUCUCAUUUUGCACACUUCGAGAGUGGUGUGGCAAUGCCCAUCAUCUCAUUGAGAGUGGUGUGUCUUAAAGAAAGAUCCCUGCAGUGUGUUUGUAGCAUGAUUGCCCGCUGUCUUAUGGCCAGCUUUCAGUCUGUCAGUGGGCCAGAGGAGAGGGGGGCGGGGGGGGUUCAGUUAGACCAUAAGGGCCUGGCCACACCACUGUCGAAAUGAAAACAGAAGGAAUGCAUCUGCCGCAGAAAGUGGUAAGAUGCAUCCAUUGCUAUUCAUAGUAAUGGAUGCAUCUUGUCCUCCUCCGCGGGAAGGUGCAUUCGUUCGUUUUUCAUUUCGACGGUGUUGUGGCGAGGCCCUCACAGUCUUCCCUUUUUGGGCUUAUUGAGGCCAAACUUUAAGUGGCUGGUACUACCGCAAGUACAUCCAUUGCCCCACAGCUGCAGGCCGUCCAGUACGUUCAGCGUGCGGACUGCAGAGGUGUGGCAUACCGCUGCAUUCUGGAUUGUAAUCAAUGCGUGAGGCUUCACAUGUCACAGUGAACUCAUUCUGUAGACAGUGUCAUGCAGUAGACUAAGUGGUCUCAGAACAAAUGUUAUAUUAUAGCUUCAGGUGUACUAGAUAACGAAUAAAUCCCUCUGGAAUUGUCUUGCAGUGUGCUCCCACCUCUCUCCUCCUCCUCUUCCUCCUCCUCCUCCUCCUCCUCGUCCUCCUCCUCCUCCGACUCCUCCGACUCCUCAGACUCCUCCUCCGGCUCGUCCUCCAACUCCUCCGACUCCUCUGACUCCUACGACUCCUUGGCUGCUUCUUUAUAAUUGCUCCCUUAGUAUUAUCAGCAAACCAAAUCAUUAGGUGGGAGUAUAGCAGUCGACUCCAGAUCAAGGGUGUCUGAGAGUGGAUCGCACAUCAGGACUACUGCCUAUUAAUCUUUCCGAUGUAUUCAAAAAUUGUCAGACGGACGGCAGAACUGUUGCAACAGUUGCUGUUAUUAUACAUAAUGUAUUGCUGGUCAUGACAAAUUAAAUGUGCAGAUAGUAGACUGAGAUAGUCCUCUCAGGAUGUCACACAAGUCAGUGGCAGGCUGGCAGUGGGAUGUCAUGUUGACACUGCAGACUUCUUGCGAUUGGAGGCGACAGACUAUCGAGAAUGCAACCGGUGAAGACUACUUAUUAGGAAUGAGAGGGACAACCUAGAACUGAUGAAACUGCCAGUUGGAGGAAGUGGAACGAGUUCAAGAGGAUGGCCAGAGUCACACUGCAAGCUUGGAGGAAGCGCACUGGACGUUUCCACCUGCUGCCCGUGUGAAUACGUCUACACCAUAGUUGUGUCCCUUUAGUGAAGGUGUUUAUCUCGCCUGCUAGCAUCCAAGUGCCCUAAGUUAUUCAAGAUGGACUGUGUCAUGCACUGCGCGAUGACACCUUUCAGCAGAUGAUAUCAUAUGUGGCAAGUGUGUAUGUGUGCAGGUGUGCAUUAUUGUGUGUGGUGUGUGUGUGUGUGUGUGUGUGUGUGUGUGUGUGUGUGUGUGUGUGUGUGUGUGUGUGUGUGUGUGUGUGUGUGUGAUGCAUACCCAGUAUAAGUCCGAGGCAAUGCAAACUUUUGAAG